UCUCAUAAGAAAAACGAGCGUUCCGGGUAGAGGAACAGCCGUUUUGGUCUUGUUUGAGCAGAAGCUCUUAGGAUAACACGCAGCUAAUUCUGUAUUUCUCCGUGAGAAGGGUCUGUCCUCACUGUCGUCUGCUUCACAGGUACAAUGGUGAACUGCUGUGGUCUGCUCACUGACAAGAAGGAACCAGUUCCUCUGAAGAGCAUUGAUGCUCAACUGGAGGUGAAGGACCAUGUAGCUACUCUGGUCUCCACUCUGAACUAUGAGAACAAGGAGGACAAACCUCUAGAGGCUGUGUUUGUCUUCCCUCUGCCUGGAGAUGCUGCUGUGUGUCAUUUCAGUGCUCAGAUUGGAAAAACACACAUUGUAGCUGAGGUGAAGGAGAAACAGCAGGCUCAGGAGGAGUAUGAUGAUGCCCUGAGCUCCGGUCAGCAGGCCUUCCUGUUGGAGGAGAGUGAGCAGAGUCCAGAUAUUUUCUCUCUGAAAGUGGGCAGGCUGCCUCCAGGAGAGAGCGCCUCCAUCAGGCUGGAGUACGUCACUGAGCUGGCUGUGCAGGCUGAUGAUGGGUUGAGGUUCUGUCUGCCUGCUGUGCUCAACCCUCGAUACCAACCUCAGGGUAGUGAAGGUCCCAGUGUCCAGGUGACCUCAGUACCAGCCUCUCUGGUGCCCUACAGUCUGUCCUUCUCUGCCAGAGUGUCCUCUCCUCGUCCAGUCUCUAAAAUAGAGUCCAGUUGCUCUCUGGAGCCUCUUCAGUAUCUCAACGCUGAUCAAACUCAAGCCACGGUGAAGUUGGGUGGAGGACACAAGUUUGACAGAGACAUUGAGCUACUGAUUUAUUACAAAGACACCCACCAGCCCUCUGCUGUGGUGGAGGCAGGACAGGCCUCUGCCAAACCUGGCUCUCUGAUGGGUGACCCAGUGGUGAUGGUUAGCCUUUACCCUGAGUUCCCCCAAUCAGUGAUGUCAUCACUCGCCACCUGUGGAGAGUUUGUGUUCUUGAUGGAUCGAUCAGGAAGUAUGGGCUGCCGCAUGAACAACAGCACACCGCAAGAAACUCGCAUUAGCAGUGCACGGGACACUCUGCUGCUCCUGUUGAAGAGUUUACCAAUGGGCUGCUACUUCAACAUUUACAGUUUUGGUUCCUCCUUUGAGCACAUCUUCCCUAAGAGUGUGGAGUAUAGUGAGAAGACCAUGAAGAAGGCUCUGAAUAAGGUUGAAAAAAUGGGAGAUGAUCUUGGAGGAACAGAAAUUCUUCAGCCUCUCAAACACAUUUACAGCCAAGCCUGCAUUCCCAAACAUCCUCGACAGUUGUUUGUCUUCACUGACGGAGAGGUUGGAAACACCAAAGAAGUUACUGAUCUUGUUAAGAAGAAUGCAGGCUCCCACAGGUGUUUCUCUUUUGGGAUUGGAGAAGGAGCCAGCUCUGCUCUCAUCAACGGGAUGGCCAAAGAGGGUGGAGGUCACGCUCAGUUCAUCACUGGGGCUGACAGGAUGCAACCAAAAGCGAUGCAGUCACUCAAGUUUGCACUGCAGCCGGUUGUGGAGGACAUUUCUGUCUCUUGGGAUUUACCAAAGGGAGUGUCCACCACCGUUCUCUCUCCACCCAUUACAACUAUUUUUCAGGGUCAAAGGUCACUGAUUUAUGCUCAGCUAACUCUACAGAGUUCAGAGGAAGCAGAUGGCAGUGUGACAGUGAAGUACAGCCUGGCAGGUCAUCCCUCUCAUAGCCAGCUGCACUUCAAUCUCAAACCUGCAGAGGACUCUGGAUUAACAGUCCACAGACUGGCUGCUCGUACUGUGAUUCGCUCCCUGGAGUCUGAGGAGAGGACACAAAGUGAGCAGAAAGAUGAAGACAUGAAGAAGAAGGUGGUGGAGCUCAGUAUCCAAUCAGGAGUGAGCAGUUCUUUCACUGCCUUCAUUGCUGUUAACAAAGACAGCGGCGAGUCCGUUGAAGGACCUCUGGUGCGCAGAAAUGUCCCAACACCUUUCAUUGGAAGGAGCGGGAGGUCUACAGCUUGUUAUAGGUCACCACCUAGUGGAGAUAGAUGUCUGUAUAAAUUUGCACCAAUGCCAAUGAAUCGUAUCCAAAGACGUGCACCAAUGCCCGGAGAACCCGGAGAGAACCCACGCAUGCACAGGGAGAACAUGGAAACUCGAUACAGAAGGAUCCCCGGCCGGGAAUCGGACCAAGAACGUUCUUGCCGCAAGGCAAAACCUCUACUACCAAGAGCGCAACUGUGCCGCCGAAUGUAUCGUAUCCAAGGAUGUGUACCAAUGCCAUGUGAAAAUUUUGAUAUGCCACAGUCAUUUCUGAAUUAUUGUAACAAAACUCACUUUUGUUUCAUCAUAAGACAAGAGCUAAGACUUUUAUUGUACCUGUUUUAUGCCACAGGUGACAUGCUACAAGACUUUCAGGAAGAAUCCAGUGAGCCAAAAGCUGUGCUACCCAGUAAAGACCCUCUGCUGCAGCUGGUGUCCCUGCAGAAAGCAUCUGGCUGCUGGAUGCUUGAUGCAAAUCUGGCUGCUGUGCUGGGAAAGACCAGCGAACAAGUGGAAAAGGCAAAGCCACAGUCGGUCAACAAUGAAGUGUGGGCGUCCAUUCUGGCUCUGAUUUGGCUUCAUGGUUUUAAGAUGGAUGCAAAGGAGGAGUGGGAGCUUCUGUCUAUGAAGGCCGCAUCAUGGAUUAAAGCUCAAAACGCUCCAUGUGUGUCGGAGUGUGUUGAAGCUGGAAAUACACUGCUGGGUUGCGGCGUGAAGAAAGAAGCUCUGGGGCUCUGAGGUUUACCGACAGGCUUCAGCUCUACUAUGGAAGCACCUCAGUGCAGGAAGGAAAACACUGAAGUUGUUGAUGACCAAGAACAAGCUUAGGACUUUAUUUUCUUUUUGCAAAAUUUAACCAAGAAUCUGCCAGCAUGCCUUUAGAUAUUUACACUAUAUGCAUAAAAAAGAAGCCAUGGAGCAUAGCUUUAUACUUAAACUUUCAGCAUAUGGAUUUUAACCAGUUUUACUGAAACAAUAUGUUCAUGUAAUAAAUGAAUAAAUGCAUAAAAAUAAAAAAGAAUGCCAAUAA